AUGCCAGUGGGUUUCAAAGCAAAAGUGAUGGCGCCCCGACAUUCUAAAGUGGUAAAACGGGAGGAGAGGGCUGUAAAGCUAAUACCAUCUGUAUAUGCUCAAGAAAUGUCCCAGACUACAGAAGAGCGGUUAGCAAACAAUAAUGAGAUGCAUCCACCCCGCAUCCUGGAGCUCUUAGACAUGAGUGAGACAACACAUCACAAGUUUUCCACAUUAGAUUUGGACCAGGCCAUGUUUCAACCGUACCCAUCAGAGAUUGUGUUCCAGAACUACACACCAUUUAAGACAUACAAGGUCCCCUUAGAGCUACGAAACAGUGACAAGGUUCCUCGACUAGUAAAGGUGAUUGAAGACGACUCACUUUAUUUUAAAGUGGUCAGCCCAAUAGAUGCUAGUAAGAAAGUGGCUCCUGGCAUGGCAUCUUCAUUCACCAUUUUAUUCACUCCACAAGAGAACAAGGAUUACUUGCACAGACUCAUCUGUGAGACUGAACGUGAGAAGUUUGAGGUUCCUAUUCGUGCAAUCGGGCCUCGUGCCAUCUUGGACUUCCCGGAUAGUCUGCAUUUCCAAGGCUGUCCAGUCAAGUGUGUGUCCCAGAGAACUCUGCUUGUGCGGAACAUCGGAAACUGUGAGGCCAAAUUCCAACUCCGCACAUGCAACCCAUUUUCUGUAGAGCCCUCUAUAGGGACUCUUGAUGUUGGUCAAAGUAUGCAAGUUACUGUUGAGUUCUUGCCUAAAACCACAGGGGAUCACAGCCAGGAUUUGCUGCUGCACUACCACUCAGGAGAAGACAUCCACAUCUGCCUGUCUGGAGAUUCCACUGAUAUAAAUGUAGGAUUGGACAAGAACUUUGUGAUGGUGGAGAAAACCUACAUUUCCUUGGCUAACUACCAGAAAGUGACAAUAAUGAACAGGAGUGAUUCGAUUGUGCAUUACCAGUGGAAAAACUUUGCCACUGACGAUGAAGAGGAGCAGGACAAAUUCAGGCUUUUAUCAGAAAUGCAUCAAGAAGAGAAUCAUGGGAUGGAGCAGUUUCUGACAGAAUGCACUGAUCCCUCUCUUCGAGCUAGUCUUUCACGGUUUUCCCAUACCCUCCAGGAGCAACUUGUGCACAAUCAACAGCAGCUAUUGUCUUUAGAUCAACACAUCAUCGUACGGCCCCAGGAGGGAGAAAUCUGGCCCAACCGCACAGUAGACGUCAACAUCAUCUUCAGACCCCAGGAAGCCAGGCUCUACCAGCAGACUGUUUAUUGUGAAAUCACUGGUCGUGAAUCUCGGUUGCAACUCUGCAUACAGGGAGAGGGUAUAGGCCCCAAACUGCAGUUCAGGUUUGACUCUCUAGAGAUGGGAGACAUCGUCAUUGGCUCCAAACAGACCUAUAAGCUGUUUCUGAUCAACAAGGGACUGAUAAAGGGUGCAUAUAAACUGGUGCAGCCCAGUACAAUCCUGGGCCAUUGCUUUUUCAUCAACCCCUCAGAGGGCAUAAUCCCACCUGAAGGCUGCCAAACACUGGAGGUCCAAUUCUCUUCUGACAAAAUAGGCAUUGUCUCUGAGGAGUUACACUUUAGUGUGGUGGGAAAACCAGAGCCAGUCAUUUUCACGUUUAGGGGGUGUUUAAUUGGCCCUGCAUUCCACCUCAGCAUCCCAGAGUUCAACUUUGGGGAGGUGUCCUUUGGGUUUCCACAAACGCUGACAUGUUGCCUUACCAACACAUCAAUGGUGGCUAUGAGCUUUGGACUCCGGAUCCCCGGAGAUGGUACUGGAGAGGACAGUAUUACCAGCAUGGAUCAGGUCUCUCAGCUGAACAGAAGUAAAUGGGGUCUAGAAGACAAAACAGAAAGGAGACCUAAAGAGUUUAUCUUAUCACCCAGUACUGGCAUAGUUCGUGCUCUGGCUGAGAUUGAUAUUCAGUUGACCUUAUGCUCCAACACUGUGCAAGACUACAGUCUGGCUUUAGUGGUGGAUAUACAGGGUGUUGGGGAGGAGGUUUUGGCUCUCCCAAUCAAAGCUAGAUGUGUUGUGCCUGAUGUGAUCCUCGAGAAUCCAGUUCUUCAGUUCCAGCACUGUUUCCUAGGUCAUCCCUAUGAGCAAUCAGUUAAAAUUGUCAAUGACACUGACCUCCCUGCAUGCUAUGGACUUCUGCCUCAGCCGUAUGAGGAGGAACCCCCUCUUCUUUAUACCAGCACUCAUCCACGAGGGGUUAUCCAGUCACACAGCACAGAACAGAUUCCACUAGUCCUUCUGGCCAAGACAGUGGGCAGCCUGCAGCAAACAGUUCACAUUGCUAUACUAGGUCGUCAAGACACGCCAUUGGAGCUGCUCCUGUCCUGUGUUGGCCAGGGUCCUUCAGUCUCUGUCAGUCCUGCCAAGCUGAACUUUGGCGGCAUUCCGGUGCUAACCGAUGUCCCAAGGACUUUACAGCUGUCCAACAAUUCCCCUAUUCCAGCCCAAUUUCUUGCUCAAAUGGUGAAGAAAAGGUCUCAAUGGCGUGUGGAGCCCAGUGAAGGGGAAGUUCCACCAGAAGAGAUGAUGGAAUUAAAGCUGAUUGCCAAUCUUAAUGACACAUUACCCUUCCUGGAUGAACUGUUGCUGGAAAUCCAGGUCAGCCAAUCCUUUAAAAUUCCUGUGUCUGCCACAGGACAGGGGACCACCAUAGUCACUGAUCGACCAUUUGCCCCAACCUUGGAUUUGGGAACCCACUUCAGUUCUGGCCCAUGUCAAUAUCCCUUCAGAAUCACCAACCAGGGUCGUCGCACCCACCAAUUAUUCUGGAGCACAGAGGGAUUUGCACAAUUCCACAAUAAAGACACUAUGACACCUGACAAGUUUAGGAACAGGAAAAGAAAGAGUCCGCAGACUGGCUCCGUUCAAGAAGGCCCAGUCUUUACUCUAACUCCUGCACGUUUAUCACUUCCUCCAGGCCACACAGCUGAUAUGCUGCUAGAGGGCUCCUCUGACAUCCCCAAGAUGGUUAGGGAGAAGUUGGUAUGCCAUGCCAUUGUGGGGCGUCAUUAUGGAAGAGAGUGCAUUAUGACUGUGGACAUCACAUGCCAGUUUGUCACCCCAGGAAUAGACAUCUCCUCCCAACAAAUCAACUUCUAUGUGGAAAAGGCUCCAGAUGUGUUUCUGGUUCCACUGUAUCAGAGGCUGGUUCUUAAGAGUGUGUCCUCAUUGAACCUCUCUAUAGAACUGACCCUGCAUGACCCCUUCGGCCUGUGUGAUUAUGAAGGAGAUGAGUUCACAACCUCAAAGAGUCUGGUGUUGGGUGUCGGAGCUCAGAAAGAGCUGUGGGUGCGUUUUAACCCCAUGUAUCGACAGAACCGCUUUACCUAUGUGGUUGAGGAUGUGCUGGAACUCUGUUACCAUGGCCACCCACAGCAGGACAGGGUGGCAUUAAGGGGUGAGGUCCACUUCCCCAAUCUACAGUUCUCCAGCACCACACUUGACUUCGGCUGCAUUCUUAACAACACAAAAUCCCGGCGCAAACUCACCAUGACCAACUGUAGCCCACUCUGGGUUUCUUACCGUUGGGCCUUCCUGGUAGACCGACAGCAAUGCCAUAUCAGGUUUUUUGAUGAGGAGAGCCGAGGGAUUGAAAAAUACACUGGGGAGAGAAGAGAGGAGAGUGGGGAGACGCAGUGGGAGCUGUUAGAGCGGAGAGAGGCUGACGGCAAGAUGGACCCAAACAGGUCUGAGAACAGCUUCUGUGCGAGACUGGAGGAGGUAUUGGAUGAAAUCUAUCUUGGCGGCUCUGCAUCCAAUGGAAAGGAACAGAACAGGACUUCUUCCACACAAAGGCCAGCAAGUACAGAGCUCGAAACCAGACCUUUCAGUCUGACAGCCAUGGGGCAUCCAAGUGUUGGUGUGAAAGAGGUGUUUGACAUCUCAUCACUGUAUGGGAUACUGCAGCCUGGUGACACCAAGCUUUUGACCUUCUCAUUUCUUGGUCAUGCUGACAUCAGUGCUCAUGUGUUGGCAAUGUGUGAGGUGGAGGGAGGACCCACUUAUGAGAUCACACUCAAGGGUCAGGCCUCUUCUGUUUCAUAUACAUUGGACAAGAAUGACAUUGACUUUGGAUUGCAGUUGUUUGACCAUGUGGCAGAGGCAGAGAUCACUCUGAAGAACACAGGGAAAGUUGGUUUUGAUUUUUCUACUCUAUCUGGAGAACAGGGACUCUCUGUUGAGCUACCCUUACCUGGACAGCCUCUCAUCAUCCCUAGCAAGGGCCACCUAGAGCAACAUGCUGAAAUGAAACUCAAUGUAUAUUACCUGCCAGGGAUCCCUGAGGAUUUUCACACGACCUUUCAGUUGCAAGUGGCCUUCUAUGAGACUGAGAUCAUUACUGUUAGAGGAGAGGGUAUUUUCCCUAGACUGUGUCUGGAUCUACCUAGAGACCUGGAUGAGGAGAUGUAUGGUUCUUUGCUAAUGGAGGCAAACAAUUUGGUAGAGAGUGACAAAUCAAGGGAGGGGGUGCUGAGCCAGCCUGCCACAGGAAAAGAAGAGAUGCCUGAAGAUGACUACAUUCCCACUUUUGAUGCCCUACUGCAGUUGGAGUUAGAGCGGCUCCUUGUGAAGGAAAAUGCAAUAGCUAUACAUAAACAGCACCAAUACACUGAUCAUAGAGGAUCAACAGCAGGAUCCUCUAACAACUGGCUCAAGAAGCUCUGCAAGUUAAGUUUGCCUGAGUACAAACUGGACUUUGGCUAUGUCAUCAAUGGCAGUGUCUCGACCCACAUUGUCAAAAUAACCAACACUUGUCCAGUGGCUGUAUCUUUCAGAGCUGACAGGAACUCACUAGCAGGCACAGGAUUUAGUACAGAAUUGGACAGGGUGCAGAAUCUGCCCUUCUGUGAGACAGAGACGUUUGAAGUGAAGUUUGAUGCCUGUGGUGCCAAUCUGGAGUUGGGAAAGAUUGAUGCAGUUUUGCCCAUACAGGUGGUUAAAGGGCCCUGGGUGCAGGUGCGUUUAUGUGCGGAAGUCACCAUGCCCUCCCUCACUGUGUCUACAGACACACUGCAGUUCGAUACCAUUCAGUGUGGCCUGUGUCAAGUGUCCACAAUCCAGCUGUACAACCACGGGCCAGUGCCCUGUGAGUGGAGCAUCAGACUGGUAGAACGGCCAAAGAAGAUUGACAAGCACAUCCCACUGUACCUCAGACGACAGGCUCGGCUAAAGCAACGGCCUCUUUCAGUCGUCUUUGAGAUAUUGCCCUCUGAUGGUACACUCUAUCCUAGUGACAGAACCAACGUGCAGGUCAAAUUCAGCCCAGCAGAGGGGAGGGCAUACAGUCAGAGACUAUUGAUAACAGUGGCUCAGAGCACUCAGAAGAUCCUGCUCCUGGUCCAAGGCCAGGGCGAAGAGCCUCAGCUGGAGUUUUCCUCCUCAGAACUAGAUUUCGGGCCCAUCCUGCCCUACAGUAAAGGGAAGAUUGCUGAGGUGAUGGUCCGCAACCCUUGCUCCUUUCCUAUAGAGUUUUACUCUCUGGACUUUGACAAACAAUACCUAGAAGAGGAAGAGAUCUUGCGGAUGUUGAAAGGAUAUGAUGCUCAAAAUUUUUUACUUCUACCUCCCCGUGCUCCUGGCGAGACUCUGCCCAUGGAACUAUUAGACUACUACAAAGAGCACAGCUCACAGGAGCCCAAGCAGGGUACUGGAUAUUUCAGCAGAGAUGGUCUAUAUCAGGGUUCGGCGACCUACAACACGCAUGCCAAUGGAGGGAGUGGAGGUGUUGUAGGUCCAGGAAAGAUCCUCAGAGAUAUGGACACCCAGGAACUUGAAGCUCGCCACACGCUCCAGGGUGUGGCUGAUGCCAAGAUCAGUGAGCUUGGAGAUCAGCUUGGAUGGGAUCACAGUGGGGACAAUGGCCUGGGCCAAGGAGAGGUUGAAAAUGUUGGUGAAGACGUCAGCCAGCUGUUCUGCACAGGCCCUGAGCACUCGGCCCAGGAUGCCAUAAGGGCCAACAGCUUUAUGUGCAUUCACUCUGCUCAGGGUGGAACACACGUCACUGGAGGAAAAAAAUCUGAAGAGGGUUUUCCAGAAGAGAACAAAGGGGAGACAGCUGUACACUCUGAGGGAAGAACAUCUAAAGGCCCGACUAAAGACACCGACACUGCCGUGGGCGAUCUGGAAUAUGACCCUGUGUCUAGAGCAAUUGUUCGUCACAUGGGCAUUGAUCCUUCACUAGAAGGCAAAGCUGCCCAAAAUUGCUGGGGUAUUGCCCUGAUUGUGCAUGGUGCUCCACUGUCAGGUAAAACUAGGACAGCAGUUGCUCUGGCUAAGCACUAUGGGGCAGCAUGCCUCAGUGUAGAUGAGGUUGUGCUGGAGGCUGUGACAUCUGGGAGCGGGUCUGCAGGCCUGAGGGCAAGAGAACUAUGUAUCAAGGCUGCUGUGGAGUAUGCUCAGAGGGCAGUUGAGGAGGCUGCGGCAGAUAAGAUGGAAACUGCUGGUCAAGAUCCAAUUGUUCUCAGUGUUGAGGCAGUUGCCAAUCACACAGCAGAGGACAGCCAGACCGGUGAGCCUAAAGUCAACCCGUCAUCUGCCUCAACCCGCAACAAAACCAGCAUCACAGGGAUUUCAAAGAAGAAUGGCAGUUCCGGUCCUCCUGCUGCUUCAGUGACGGGUCAGAUCCACAGGCAUUUGAGCAUGAGUGCCAGUCAGUAUGAAGAGCUUGACCCGAUUAGCUGUUUCCUGCCUGAUGAUCUGCUGGUAGAUAUUCUAUCAGAGAGACUGCAGCUUAGCGACUGUCAAAGUGGUGUUGUGAUUGACGGGUUGGAGACAAUGUACUGUAGCUCACCAUGUGACAUGCUCCAGAUUGUCCUGAAAGCUCUCAACAACCGUCGCCACAUUUAUGUUAUCAACCUCUUUAACAGCUACAGUGUCCUCAAGCACAGGGAACAAGACACGUUUGACCAAGAGCUGGAGGAGAGACGACAACAGGAGCUUGAGAAUUUAAGAGAAGACGAGAUGACACCUAAAGAGGACAGGGAUACACCAGUACAGAUAGAUCCUUUGCCAGUUGCUGAGGAACGACAACAAGAGCAAUUCAGUGAGAGGGACAGACAUCUACUAGCCCGAUUUCAUGUAUAUGAACAAAGCCAGCAACAACUUCAACACAUUCUUGAGUUCUGGGAUCGAACGCAGGAACUGUUGUCACAGCCCAUCUUCUUUGAGACCCAAGAGACUGAAGAGACUACAGAAUACCUUGCCCCUACUGCCAAGAAGAGCAAGAAGGAGCGAGAGAAGGAGAAAUUGGAGAAGCUGAAGGUGGAGGCUUCAGAUAUGAGGUCUCCAGCUCCUAGCCAGGCCCAUGUGCCAGUGGAUGGUACUGAUGGCUCUGAAAAGAUUGUAGUGCCAGACCCCAUUCCCCACAUCUGGCUGUCUAUCAAAGAGGGAGAGUAUUUGAGUGGUUACGAGAUCACCAAAAGCAUGAAACUACCCUCCCUUGAUGAGAUCUUGGAUGAGUUGGGGUUAGGACCCAAAGGUCCACCCAUCCCUCCACCUAUAAUAUUCUCCAUAGUCCCUUACCCUGAGAAGAGAUCAGUGCCCAGCACUCAGCUCUCUGACAGUUGUUUUAUCUUUAUGAUGCCCUCGUCUCCUGAGGAACUGACUGAACAGAAAAAAGAGGUAGACAUAGGAUCAGAGGCUAAGGGACCUAUCACAUCUGUUAAGGAGGACAUGACAUUUGCAAACACAUCUAAUACAGACAUAGAGUGUAUACAUUCUGAGGAUCCCCACCCAGAAUGCAACCAAAGGCUCACUCAUUUCCGCUGGAUUGUACCUCCAAGUGAAACAGUUACCCUGAGGAUCAUGUUUUGUUCCUCUGUUUUUGGAAAAUAUGAUCAGGCUUUUAGCUUUGAGUUGAUGGGGACCAAACGACGUUAUCAGCUAUACUGUAAAGGAAUUUGUGCUUACCCAACUAUUAGCAGAGACCCAAAGAUUGUGUUUGCACAUUGCAAAACGACUCUGCAGCCUGAGAGCGGGCUAAAAAAGACUUACAUUAUCCAAUCUAAACUGUAUGAGUUUGGACCUCUGCUUUGUGGGAAGACCAGAGAAAGGUAUAAAAAAGGGAAAUAUCCUGAGAACAUGGAGAGGUUUGUAAUUCACAACAAUUCCCUAAUGGAGGCAGAGGUCCAUUUUUGCUUCCAGCAUGACACUAAUGCCACCACUUUCUUUCUUGACCCUCCAAACAUUACCUUGGAACCUAAUGAGCGAAAAGUUCUGAUGGUGUGGGCAUACCCUAACACCCCAAGACAUAUAGAGGACAGUGUUGUGUGCUGCAUCAAGGACAACCCUGAGAUUGUUGUCUUUCACAUCUCCUGCGUAGGAGUCAGGCCUGAACUGGAGCUGGACCACAAGCUGCUCCACUUCGACAAGAUACCGACGUACAGAAAAGAAACUCGGAGUCUGUGUCUACACAACAACACCCUUUUGCCAGCUGCUUGGAAGCUGAGGGGUAUGGAGAUGCUUGGGGAUGAAUUCAGCGUGUCUCAGGACCAGGGGAUCAUCAUGCCACAUUCCAAGUUUAGCCUGCACAUGCAUUUCAUAGCCAGGAAUCCUAUCAAAUUGAAAAAAGCAAUUUCUUUAGAGGUGUCUGAUUUGGAGAACAUUCUUGGCAUUAUUCAACAUUCAGAAAACAUUCAGAUUAUUGCAGAGGCAUAUGAUAUUGCAGUGGACAUAAGCCUUCCUGAAGAUUCUGAUGGUUCAUUAGAUUUCGGAACAUUCAAAGUGUCAGAAGAGGUGAAACGGUCUAUUAAAUUGGAAAACAAAGGCAAAUAUGACAUAGCCUUCAAGUUUGCACUGGAGGCCACAGAGCCAGGAAUGCCAGAUCUGAACUCAAUAUUCUCCAUCACACCUCAUAGGGGCACCUUACACCCUAACAAUAAACCCACUAGUAUCCAGAUUAUUUUCUUCCACAACAAGGAGAUGUCCAUCAGAGAUAACCCAAUCCUUUGCUGUCAGAUUAUUGAGCCCAAUGUUGAGGGUGGUGUGACCAUUAAUACUAUACCAAUCAAAGUGUCAGUCCAGGCACUCUUCUCUAAAUACAAUAUCACUCCCUCUAAUGACAUCAACUUUGGUCCCCUGGUGUAUGGCUCUCGCAAAAGACAAACUCUUACUGUGGAGAAUAAAGGGAACUUUGAGAUCCGUUUCAGCAUUAGAAUGUGUAAAAACCAACCAGGUCCUGCACAGAGGAGAGGCUUGGUGAGUAAGAAGGCAUCAAAAGACAAUACUGUGAUACAACCAUCUAGUGCCAGCAAAAUACGACACACUGUAUCGAAUGAAUUUGGCAUGCCAAUUCAGACACAUUUGACAUUGGGUGUUUUUUCAUUGUCUCCAAGCUUUGGUGUUCUGGCACCUGGAGCCCAACAAUUAGUGACUGUGGAUUGCAAGGCAGAGCAUGUAGGUAGUUGGGUGGAAUGUCUAGCUAUAGACAUCUCUGACAGAGACACCUCUGACAAUCCAGACGGGAUACCAUUCAAGCUGCUGGCUGAAGUGUGUAUACCAGGAAUAGCGAAUACAGACAUUGCUACUAUCUUUGUGGAGCACCGUAUCUGUAAGAACAGUAGCAUGCUGCAAUGUGAGCAGUACAGGACCAGUAUGGGUGUCUACGUUCAGGACGAGAACAAAUUUGUCUUCAACAGUGUUCUGGUGGGUCACUCAGCCAAGGCCCAGAUCCGUCUGACCAAUCCAGGAAAAGUACUGUGUGAACUCAGCCUGUUCAUCAAAUCAGUCAAGGUUUGUCCAACAACAUCUAAUGCAGAGGUUUUUGAGUUGACUCCUACAAAGAUGAGCAUCCCCAGCCACUCUCAUGCUUUUGCCACUAUCACCUUUUCUCCUUUGGCUAUGCAGACAUAUCAGGCAGUGUUUGAGGCCAUUCUGAAAGGGAACAUAAGGCCCAAAGCUCUUGUGUUUGACCUAAUGGGUGAAGGCAACUUGCCCUGCAUCACUGUUUUAAAACCUGUUCAGAGAAAUAAUCAAGGUCAGCCGGUGCUACAGUUCAAGCGCUUAGUGGUGGGUCGAGCACAGACCCUUCCAUUUGUAAUCAAGAACAAUGGCUGUGUGUCUGCACAAGUUAGCAUUAUUCUACAAUAUCACCUGGAAGUUUUCACUCUGAAAGCGGCUCCUGGCACUACAUGCAGACUUGCCUCUUCGCAUAUAGAAAGUGAUCCUGGAAAAGAGACACAGAUAGCUUAUGUAGCCUCUCUGACACUUCUGGCUGGGCAAGAAGCACACUUCCAGGUUGGGUUUCAUCCAAAGGUGGCUCAGAGGUUUGAGGCUAGCAUGAAGUUAAUGGUGCAGGAUAACCAAUAUGAUCAGACAGCGGUGCAGCUUGUGGGUGAGGGUUACCAUGACAUCAUCAUCCUGGACAACAUUGGCAGCAAAGUUCAGCAGGACAGUGUUGAAAACACGUCUGACCUUCUGCAUUUUGGAGACUGUCAUGUGAGAUGCACCUAUCAAGAAACCUUGACCAUGACAAACCCAAGCAACUCCAAGGUGCUGCGCUUUGAAUGGCUUCCUAGUGUCCCGUAUCUAAGCUUUUCCCCACAAGUUGGCCACCUGCAUGCCGGGUGCUCCAAAGUUGUGACAGUGGCCUUCUUCUCAGAGCAGCCAGUUGUGCUGAAUGCAGAGGCAAUAAAAUGUAAACUCAGCAGCAUUACCUUUCAGCAGCCUAUAGACCAGGUCCCAGACUGGGAUGAUUGUCACAGGACUGUUAAAUGGAUGGAUGUAGACAACAAGUCAUCACAACAGCCCACCAAACGGAAGGUAGUUGUGACAGACCUAGAGCCUCCUCAUUCUGUGUUUGAGAACUCCUCAAGAGAGGUGGAGUUAAUAGUUAGUGCCACAUGUGAUUAUGUCCAAUAUCAAUGUGAUAUUGGACCCAUCUGCUUCAAAGACACAAUGAUGUACCAGACCAGAGUCGUUAAGCUCCAUAUGGAGAACAAAGGCAGUGUUAAACUGGAGUAUUCCUGGCAGGUUCUAAUGGACAAACAUAGAAAGACGACAUGCUUUGAACAUGGAGGUAGGACCUCUCGCUCGGCUGAAGGUGGUAGGACACCUUUGAGGCCAGCAAGCUCUCUGCAGAAUGUGUCCUUGCUGCUGCUUGGAGACCCAGAGCUCCCUCCCUUCAGUGUUGAACCAGGUGUAGGGUUUAUCAGCCCAAGAGAGAGUCAAAUUUUCCACAUCCGGUUCUCCCCUCUGGACGUGGCUAAGUUUGAGGCCAGGUUGAUCUGCAGCAUCCCUAAUCUACGGGGUGAGAAGAGUCCAGUAAUCAUUGUAAGUGGCCGCAGUUUGCUGCCAUAUUGUCAUUUCCACCUGAAGGAUUCAGAGUACCUCACUGGAAAUAGGCGCAACCCUGAGCUCUACAGUUCCAUUUUCAUGGACCCCAACACCAGGGUUAUAGAGUUCACCACAGUGGGUAUCGGCACAUCGGUCCGCAGGGAAUUUUCUAUUGUGAAUCCCACAAACAAGCCAUACUCUUUCAUCUGGAGAUGUGAGGACUCGGGUGACUGUCCUUUCAACUGCCUUACACCAAACAAGUCCAUUGAGCCAGGCAAGGAAGUGAAGGUUUCAUUUGAGUACCAGGCUUUCGACCUGGAUUUAGUGGAGUCCUUCUGGACCUUCUUAAUCCCUGAAUACAAGCUGUCUUUGCCCUUUCUCUUGGUGGGGACUGCUAAUGAGCCUGUAGUCUAUAUAGAUCGAGCCCACCUCAAUCUGGGAAGCUUGCUUGUAGGUUUUGAAACUCAUCAGACUGUCUUUGUGGUGAAUGGAGAAGAUCAGCCAUUCCAUUUCACCAUCCAAAAGACCUCCAGCCACUCUGAGGGCUACCAGGACAGCUUGGUGCUAGACCCGAUGGAAGGAACAGUUCCACCCAAAAAUAAGAUUCCCUUGGUCAUAAGAUUUACCCCUACUCGGGAGGGAGAUGUGGUCUUUAAUUUAGUUGUGACAGUGCAGAGGAAGCUCCAGCCUCUGACCUUGAAUGUGAAGGGAGAGUGUUACUGUAUAAAUGCAUGUGUACAGUUUGAGAGCCCUGAGGGAUCAAUCAAAGAGCUCUCACCAAACCAUAUUAAUUUGGUGGACUUCAAAGAGGUGGAGCUAAGCGAUAAAUCCACAUGUAGCUUUGUGGUGUCUAAUCCUGGGAAAGUCAGUUUAGAUGUUGAGUACGAUCUGUCAGGGCCGGCAGCACUGCAGCCUCACCUGCAGGUGGAUCCUAAAUUUGACACAGUGGCUGUAGGUGGACAGAGUUACUGCACUUUGACAUUCUGUCCUCAGCAGAAAUGUGUGCUCAAAGAUCUGACUUUUUCCAUUAAGAUAAAGAAUGGCUCAACGUUUUGUUGUGCCCUGACGGGCUCUGCUUUGGCUCUAGAUGUGGAAUUUUCUUUUCUUAAGCACAACUUUGGAAUUAAUUUAAUUUAUUGCAUUGGUAUGGUACCUGCUACAAAUACACUGGUGAUUAGCAACAAAAGCAAGAGAGGAAUUGGUCUAGACUGCAUGUUCUCCAACACACUUUUCCUGGAAGUCAGUUUCACCCCUCAAGUCCUUCCCCCUGGCGGCUCUGUGGAGGUGCUCUUCUCAUUCUACCCACGCAAAGCAGUUCAUUACCAUGAAAAGGUGGUUUUUGAAAUUGAUAAGUUCUCCAAGCAAGUGGUGGAGAUCCUGGGACAGGGCAUUGAGAUGAAGAUUAACUUAGAGGACCCAGCACAUAAGGUGGUAAAUUUUGGAGCCUUGCAGAUUGGCCAGCAGAGUCGGAAGUUGAUCCCACUGGUGAACAACAGCCACACUUCCUUGACAUUUUGUCUUCUUCGCACACCCUCUGAUUAUACUCUCCAGGAUUCUAAGGUCUUGUUAGUGCAUCCAGAGGGGGAGGUGACACUGAAAAGUACAGGGGGGCGCUGUGUGUUGGAGCUUCUCUUCUCUCCCAAGCAGCGCAUGUCUCCCUUCACUGAAGAACUGCAGCUGCAGUGUCUGGGUGCUGUUCGCCCUCUGCUGGUCAUGAAGGGUUGCUGCCAGGGAGUGGAGGUCAGUCUGGACAUGGACUACCUGCAGUUUGGAGCUGUGGUUCAGCGCUUCCAAGCCACCCGACGUAUUAUUAUGCAAAACACAGGAGACAUUGGGGCAAGAUUUAAAUGGGAUGUGAGAAGUUUUGCUCCAGAUUUCAUCAUUUCCCCUGCUGAGGGCUACAUCACCGCAGGGAUGGAAGUACCACUUGAUGUGACCUUUUCCCCCAUGGAACUGAGUCAAGAUCUUCGUUAUGAUGACCUCUGCUGCACUAUAGAGGGGGGUAAUCCUUUGAAACUCACCCUGGCUGGCUCCUGCAUUGUCCCACCAGUUGCAACAGAGGUGGUGAAUUUUGUAUGUCCUGUCCGCAGUCAGUGCACUCAGUACCUGACUCUGUCCAAGUAUAUUAACCAGCCCUGGACUCUGAAAUGUGUCAUUGAGGGAAAGCACUGGAUUGGGCCUCCAACUCUCAUUAUUGAGCCCCAGCAGCAGAACACCUAUGAGAUCACAUACAAGCCCUUGGUCAUGACUGCAGAUGGGGAAAGACAUGAAGGCUCUGUGUUCUUCUCCUUCCCUGAUGGCAAUGGAAUACUGUACAUGUUGUAUGGCAUAGCUGAGCCACCUAAAGCUGAAAGCUCAAUCACAGAAGAGAUCAAAUGCAAAACCCACCACACACAGAUAGUGCCUGUCCAUAACUGGCUGCACAGACUUCAGAGGUUCCGUGCUGUUGUAGAGUUGAUCAAACUGGAUCGCUCAGAUGCUACCAUUUCUCUGAAAGGGAUGGAAUACAUUGAUGUGCCUGCACUGGAGAAGAGGAACUACAAACUUUCCUUUUUCGCCUAUAAAGAGGGCCAGUACAAUGCUAAAGUGACGUUCAAAAAUGAGGCAACGGGUGAGUACCUAUUCUACAAUCUAAACUUUAAAGCAACGGCUCCAGGAGUGAUCAGAACUAUAGAAAUGGUGACACGGGUGAGACAGACGACAUCAGGGUCAGUGGAGUUGGAGAACCCUCUUCUUGUGGACUCGUCCUUCUCUGUAGAAUGCCAGAAUGCAGACAUCAGUGUGCCUCCACAGUUCUUCGUGCCUGCUCAGUCUAAGGGUACACUGACAUUCGAAUACCAGCCUCUGUGUAAGAGAGAGUCCUCAGCCCGCCUGGUGUUGUAUGCCGUUGAACUUGGCCACUUCAUUUAUGAUCUUCAUCUGAAGGCCCUGCCUGCACUUCCUGAGAAACCCCUCUAUUUCAGUGCACCUCUUGGCAGCAGACACAAUCUCAUAGCUAAAUUUACCAACUACUCUCGUACCAAGACUGAUUACAUCUGCAAGACAGAGAGCCCGAACUUCAUUGUGGAAAAGACCAUUAAAGCACCAGCAGGGAACCAAGCAGGCACCGAUAUCGGUGUGAUGGUCCAUUUUGAACCCUGCAAGCUGGGAGAGAUCCGAAGCCUGCUCACCAUCUUCUCAGAGUCUGUAGGGGAGUAUGUCUUCCCUCUGUAUGGCACCUGCAUCCCACCAAAAGCUCAGGGUCCACUUGCCAUAAGCUCAGGUUCCAGUGUAUCUAUUCCCUUUAAGAAUGUCUUUCAGCAGAGCACCACCUUCUCCUUUCAUGUAGACAACCCUGCCUUCACUGUCAAGGGUGUAGAAACUAUUUUGCCCCAAAAGUCCCAGAAUAUACAGGUUACAUUUGAGGGCCCUCCCACUGGCUCCAAAGGUCCAUGUCAUGGCAAGCUGACCAUUUUCUGCCCACGGAUGGAGGGCCAUGGACAGGGCAUCUUCUGGGUUUACUACUUGAAAGGUUAUGAUCGAGAUCUGUCUCCAGAGACUAAAACUUCAUAAGAAGCUGCAGUGGACUUGGUUAUUCUCUGGUCAAAAUGGUUCAUGGUUAUGGUUAAAAAUGUUCAUUGAUCAGAUUAUUUUAACUGAAACUAAUUUAAAUAUUAAGAUUUGUAUUGUAUUUUUAAUUAUAUAAAUAUAAUAAUAUAGUGCCUUUCUGUGGCAGUUCAGUUUGUUUGUUAUUUCACAGAGAUGUUUUUAUUUUUUUAUUUUUCAACCUUAUGAU